AUGGGAGUAUCUACUGGCACCGGCUUCAAUGGCUCCAACCGCGAUAACCCGGAUCCGUCAAAGGUGCUUGGCGUUUUCAACCUGUCGAGAAGGACAGACGAGGAGUCGUUGCGUAAAGUGUUUGGCCGCUUUGGUGAAAUCGAUAGGUUGAAACUUAUCCGCGAUCGUUUCACGAUGGAAUCCCGCUGUUUCGGUUUCGUUAAAUUUGUUCACCAAGCUGAUGCCACGGACGCUAGGCAUGAAGUAAAUGGCGUCGAGCUUGACGGACGCUCGCUGCGUGUGGAUUACUCUGUCACCGACCAUGCCCAUGAACCAACUCCUGGAUUGUACUGUGGCGAGGCUAGGCAAAGGGAUUACGACCGCAGGCGCCGA